GCCCAUUCACCCGGGGUAGGUGGCGGGAGAGAGGGGAGGGGACCGGCGCGCAUGCGCGGUGGCGGCGGCGAUGGCGGGUGGCGGCGGGAAGUCGUUCCUGGCCGAGGCGGGGUACGGCGAGCAGGAGCUGGACGCCAACUCCGCCCUCAUGGAGCUCGACAAGGGCCUGCGGUCCGGGAAGCUGGGCGAGCAGUGCGAAGCCGUGGUGCGCUUCCCGCGGCUGUUCCAGAAGUACCCCUUCCCCAUCCUCAUCAACUCCGCCUUCCUCAAGCUGGCCGACGUCUUCAGGGUCGGAAACAACUUCCUGAGGCUCUGUGUGCUCAAAGUUACUCAGCAGAGUGAGAAGCACCUAGAGAAGAUCCUCAACGUGGAUGAGUUUGUGAAGAGAGUUUUCUCAGUAAUUCAUAGCAAUGAUCCGGUUGCUCGGGCUAUUACGCUUCGGAUGUUGGGCAGCAUGGCAUCUAUUAUUCCUGAAAGGAAGAAUGCACAUCACAGUAUUCGUCAGAGUUUGGAUUCCCAUGAUAAUGUGGAAGUUGAAGCUGCUAUAUUUGCUGCUGCCAACUUUUCUGCACAAUCAAAGGAUUUUGCUGCAGGAAUAUGUAACAAAAUCAGUGAGAUGAUUCAAGGUUUAGCCACACCUGUCGACUUGAAAUUGAAGUUGAUCCCUAUUCUACAGCACAUGCACCAUGAUGCUAGCCUGGCCUCCAGCUCCCGGCAGCUGCUUCAGCAGCUGGUAACAUCAUACCCUUCUACCAAGAUGGUCAUUGUUACUCUUCACACAUUUACUCUACUUGCUGCUUCUUCUUUGGUUGACAUUCCUAAGCAGGUCCAGCUUUUGUUGCAGUACUUAAAGAAUGACCCCAGGAAGGCUGUGAAGAGGCUUGCAAUCCAAGAUUUAAAGUUGUUGGCCAACAAGACACCGCAUACGUGGACUAGAGAAAAUAUUCAGGCGCUGUGUGAAUCUGCUCUUCACACCCCUUAUGAUAGUUUGAAACUGGGCAUGCUAUCUGUUCUCUCCACGUUAUCGGGGACCAUUGCCAUUAAACAGUACUUCAGCAGUGCUCCAGGAACAGCCUCUACAACUGCAAGAUCAUUUGAUUUAGUAAAACUAGCACAGGAGUGCUGUUACCAUAAUAACCGUGGCAUUGCAGCUCAUGGAGUGAGAAUUCUGACUAAUAUAUCAGCCUCUUGUCAGGAAAAAGAUCUUCUGCCUUUGGAGCAAGAUGCAGUUUUUGGCUUAGAGUCUCUUCUUGUUCUUUGUAGUCAAGAUGGCAGUCCAGGAGCUCAAGCAACCUUAAAGAUCACCUUAACUUGCAUGGUGAAGUUGGUCAAGAGCCGUCCUCACCUGAGCCAGUCGGUGGUUGAAUCUCUGUUGACCCAGCUGCACAGUGCCCAGGAUGCUGCUAGGAUCCUCAUGUGCCACUGCUUGGCAGCUAUUGCCAUGCAGCUGACUGUCUUAGCAGAUGGGAUGCUAGGAGACCUGAUGGACCUCUACAAAGUAAUCGGACGAUCUGCCACAGAUAAAAAACAGGAACUCUUGGUUUCUCUUGCCACAGUGAUAUUUGUUUCCAGUCAGAAAGCCUUAUCUUCAGAAAUCAAAACUGUUAUCAAACAGCAGCUUGAGAACACCUCCAAUGGAUGGACAGCCUACAGGAUAGCCAGGCAGGCUUCCAGAAUGGGUAACCAUGACAUGGCCAGAGAGCUGUAUCAAAGCCUGCUGACUCAGGUGGCCUCGGAACACUUCUACUUCUGGCUGAACAGUUUGAAGGAGUUUUCCCAUGCAGAGCAGUGUCUGACAGGUUUGCAAGAGGACAACUAUAGCUCAGCGCUUUCUUGCAUUGCUGAAGCUUUAAAGUCAUAUCACAAAGGAAUAGCAUCACUGACGGCUGCUAGUACACCACUUAAUCCUCUGAGCUUUCAGUGUGGAUUCGUGAAACUCAGGAUUGACCUUCUGCAAGCUUUUUCUCAACUUAUUUGUACCUGCAACAGCCUAAAAACAAGUCCACCACCAGCUAUUGCCACAACGAUUGCUAUGACAUCAGGAAAUGAUCUCCAACGGUGUGGACGCAUCUCUAACCAGAUGAAACUAUCAAUGGAGGAGUUCCGAAACCUGGCUGCACGGUAUGGAGAUCUCUAUCAGUCAUCUUUUGAUGCAGACUCAGCAACUCUGAGGAAUGUAGAACUACAACAGCAGAGUUGCCUGUUGAUUUCGCAUGCGAUUGAAGCUCUAAUUUUGGAUCCAGAAUCUGCAAAUUUCCAGGAAUACACUUCAAAUGGAACAGCACCUGUUGAGAGCGAAUAUGAAAGAAGAAUGAUGUCUGUAUUUAAUCGUGUACUAGAAGAAGUAGAAUCCCUCAACAGGAAGUAUGCUCCUGUGUCUUACUUGCAUACAGCUUGUCUGUGCAGUGCUGUCAUUGCCUUGUUGAAGGUACCCCUUUCUUUUCAAAGGUACUUCUUUCAAAAACUACAGUCUACAAGCAUUAAGCUUGCUCUAUCCCCAUCUCCAAGGAACCCAGCAGAACCUAUUGCAGUACAGAACAAUCAGCAACUGGCCUUAAAGGUGGAAGGAGUGGUUCAGCAUGGGUCUAAACCAGGCCUUUUCCGUAAAAUCCAGUCAGUCUGUCUAAAUGUAUCUUCAGUGCUGCAGAGCAAAUCUGGACAAGACUAUAAGAUUCCCAUUGACAAUAUGAGCAAUGAAAUGGAGCAGAGGGUGGAACCACACAAUGACUACUUCAGCACUCAGUUUCUGUUAAACUUCGUGAUACUUGGCACCCAUAACAUCACAGUAGAGUCCUCUGUAAUAGAUUCAAAUGGUAUUGUUUGGAAAACGGGGCCUAAAACAACUAUUUUUGUUAAGUCUCUUGAGGAUCCAUACUCCCAGCAAGUUCGUCUUCAGCAACAGCAAGGACAACCAUCAUCACAGCAGCAACAACAAAGAACAGCAUACUCACGGUUUUAAUUCCUAGAAGUGACUUUUGUGGUCAGUGGUAUGACAGUUUUUCUUUGAUGCUUUUUUUGAAAGGUGUAUACUUUUUCUAGAAGGUUAAAUCUCAGAUGCCAAUUUGUUGUUUUUUUAGGUUGAUUGUCUACAAUAAAUUUGAACUUGACUCAGCAGAGGGAUCAAUUCAAAUUUGGAGUUGUGCUUUAAUAUUGGACCUUCUCCGUGAUCUCUUCGCUCCUGUUUACAAACCUGCUGCAGUAGCCUCCAUGAACUUUGAUAGCAGGGGCCACCAUAAGAGCUGUUUCACCAGUGCUUUCUGUACCUUUUUUUUUUUUCUUAAGCACAUGAUUUCUAAUGGUAGGCUCUCAGGACAUCAGUAAAAACUUUGGCUAGUUAAUACAGAAUUGAGUGUCAUACCAAGUUUUUGUUGUUUUGUUUUUAAUGUGAAAGAAUUGGCAGGAAUAUCCAGAGAUCUUUCUUUUGACAUUUUAAUAGCAACUCUCAGUAUUCGGCUGGUGUAUUUGUAUUAUCACGUUUCAUCAGCACUAUUUGAUGCAUGACUAUGAAAGAAAGUUGCAGUUUACUUCUCAGACCUGGUUGUUAAAAAAGAUGAAGACUGCUGUCAGGGGAGUCUUAUAAGAAGCAGGAUUUUACAGGUGGGAGCAAUAACUGUUUCUCAGAUGACAUAGCAAAGAUUACUGUGAUGUUUUUACCUUCACGUAUAUGUGUUUCAGAAGGCUUUGGUUUUGUGGUGCUUUGUUUUUUGUUUGUUCUUUAAGAGGAAAGUUAACUUGCAAGUCGUUCUUUCUUCUAACUGCUUUGUUUUUUAAAAAGGAAUUUACUAUAUAUCUAAGCUUUGUAGUUUUGUUUACUCUUUGAGUGAUUUGAUAAUCCUAAUUGUUAGUUUAACAGGAUAACGUGGGGAAAAAAAAGGGGGCCAAUACUAGAAAUUGAUUCAGAAUCAUUUUGGAACUAUGUUGACUCGUACAUAGUUUUCAUGCUUCCUUUGAAACUUAAAGGGUUGAACUCUGCCUGUGUCUGGACUCCCAGACCACAUAACAAGGAUCACAUAACAAGUCACUCACCUGGUCCUAAUAAAUAAUCUUUGCUUAUCACUGCAAGAAACUCUCCCGCUUCAACGGGGAGGAGGAAGGAUGGCAUUUCUUACAGACGUCACAACUUAUAAAUCGUUUAAUCCUUGUCAUUGGAGUAGAAAUUUCCAUUGUUUUGUAAGUGAAUUCCUGUUAUUUCUUCAAGUUGAUUUCACUGUAAAAGCUGACUAGGGCUUGCAGAUUCUUCUUGCUUUAUAUGCAGAGAGUGCAGUGAUUAAUUGUUACAUGCCUAGGUUCUUUCACAUAGCUGGAAAAAGAAUCAUUUUCACUGUGUCUUCCCUUAAUAGUUGCUUAAGAAGUCAACUUUCUUCCUCUUGGCUUGAGACUAACAGGAAAAAAAAGUUGGAAGUGAUAGUGGAAGAUUUCAUAAUACCUUAGCGAGAUCCUAAACAGAAAAGAUGAUGGGAUGCAAGAAUAGAAUGGGAAGACUACAGAACUGUUGAAAUAAUCAAGUGUCUUUCUUAAAUUUGAUUUUUAUUUUGUGCAGGAUGCAAACUACUGCUGCCCCUCAAGAUGUCUAAAGAAAGUGGUGUUUUCUGCCCCCACUUCUCUGGUUAUAUAGUUUUGUGUGCACGCAUGUAUAUAUGCGUACACGCAUACACAUGCCUGUAACUACAAAUAGCUUAUAAGGUCCAGAAGGAGAUGAUUCACCCAUUGUACAUGCAGCCUGUCAUAUUGGAGACCUGAACUAUUUGUGGCUGGUUGUUUUUUCAUUAUUGUCCCUGGUCAUUUUCUUAACCACAAAACCCUUCAUAUUGUAACACAGAACAGAGGGGGAAAAAAAGGCAAAAAGCUCCAGCCUAAAAGGUUAAACAAUUUUUCAUACUGCAUAGGGAAUGUUUGUUGCUCUGUUAUUGACUGAUGUGUUGCUGGAAACCUGUGAUGGCAGCAUUCUAAACCAGCUGAGAAACAAAAGGAAAUUCCCACAUUGGGAAGCAGACUUUUCUCAUAAGUCAUAUGCUAUUCACAGUGCAUAGCUGAACUUAUGAGAAAAGCUAGAAGAAACUUGGGCCAGGUCAAGGCUUUCCUUGGUGAGCCUUAAUUGUCUGCAAGCCAGUAAAAUUAACCUUGCUAUAAUU